AUGGAACCUUUUACUUCCACUGUUGUCGCAGAUAACCUGGUUUUUGCACCGCACCAAGAUAGAAAUUGCGCUGGCUACAGAACGACCGUCAGUGGCCUCAGCAAAUUCUAUGGCGGCCAGCUUUGGACAGAAGCAGCAGGAGGCACACAUUGGAGGUAUGUCCAGACCGCGAUCCCAUUCCUGGACAACUCCAUCACCUGGACGGGAACGGGUUGGCACGGCACGGAGCCUGUCUUGGGAGACGGGGUCAUCGCAGUGAGCUACGUAUCGACCGUGAACGCCACCAUCAAUCAGGAGACACACAGCGAUUCCACCUUGGACAGCGGUUUGCUGACCAUCGAGGAGAAGCGGACCUUGAAUCAUCUGAGUGAUCAGUUCAACCCAAAACAAGAGCAGCAGCAUCAGCCACAGCCAACAUCACAUACAAGCAAUGACGCACGCCACCACCCCAACAUUCUCACAUCUCGCCACACCGCUUAUGCAAAGCAUGUUGAGGUUGGUGUUGGUGAUCCCGCGCUGUCCCCAGUGUUUGGAGAUAGUGAAAAGGACUCGGGGCUGAAGGUUGAGGGUGGGGUUCCCAGUCUCCCAGAGAGUAGUGACGCGACCGUGCCUAAGCCGUGGGACUUGAGUCUGCUGAGUGAAGCAUGUCCUGAGGAUCGCGCCGUAAAGGAUCUUUGGCAGCGAUGUCGUGAAGGAACGUACGACAAGACGUCAGAGCCAGACCUGAGGGCCCGAGGAGACAAGUAUGCCUUAGUUGUGUGCGCGCAUUCGGCAGAUGGUUUCGAUCUUCCUUUUGUCAGGGGUGUUCCGAACAAGGAGGCCAAGACGGUUACAGAUGCACUGUGCGAUGUCCUGACUCAGUUGGGAUCGUUUGCUGGCGGAGAUAAAGUCACUUUUCGCAUCCAUUCUGAUCAAGGCAAGAAGUUCGUUGCGAAAAUUGACCGGGAACGACUCAAGGUUUUCAAUCACUUUCGUACUUUUGCGGUCUCCUAUUCUCAUCAAAGUAAUGGUAGGGUUGAGCAAUUGAUUGAUACCUUGAAGAGUUCCACUGGGCUGUUUCUCUUGAGUGGACAACGGGACAUCAGAUUUUGGGAUGAAGUGAUGAGCCACGCAGCAAAAUUGAAAUGCAUGCGAGCUUUGAUCAUACCGAUCCCCAAAGACUUGCCCAUUCCUGGAGACUACGUACUGGCGCGUAAACCUGCUGAUGUUCUUCCAGAUUUUGAAGACCGGACUGAGAUAGGAGUUUUCCUUGGAUUGAGCGAUGCAGUAUCGAACGGAACAGAGAUUCUUGUUCAAAGGGGCGGCGGUCAGGCUUCAUGGGACGCGCCAUCACAUGAUCAGAUCUUGACUCUGGAGCAGUGGCAGGGGGCAGAUUUUCCCAAUCCUGAAGAAGUAGUUUGGAAGUUGCAGCAACUUUUGGACAAGACCCGGACUCCGGAUUCGACUAAGGAGAUCUUCAAUCUGUUUGGCCAUGGAGUGUUGAUGACACCGGAACCAGCCGCCGCAGUUGCAGCUAAGGCAGACAUAACGAUUCAAGAAGAUCCACAACCAGGCAAGGAAAUGCCAACAGAGUGGAUGCAAGGCAAGCGUUGUUGGGUUUGUAAUCGGUCUGUGGUUGAGUGCUAUGCGGCUAAGGUUAAGGCAACGCCGCCCGAGCCGAAUGGAUAUCAACUGGACACUGCGGAUGCUGAGACAGAGGCAGAUGAGGCUGCCAGGCUGAUGAAUGAAGUGGCUACCAUGAAAGACGAGAUGAAUGGCAUGCAGGACAAACAAGUUCUGGAGCAGCUCAAUAGGAAGAACUUGAAAGAGGAGGACCCGAAAGCAAAGGCUGUCUCAGAGCCUCCGUGGUACCUCCUGGAACAGCCUGGCGAGCACGCACGCACAGUUAUGGGCUACGACGCAGCCCCAAAGCAUGGGGCCAGCUACGGGAUGGGUCCAUUUGUGCAGAACCCAAGUUUGCCGCAGAUUGAGCUGAAUGUCCAGGGUUUUCCGGAUGGUCCUGAACACAAGGACAACCUGAAGGCAGCACAAACUGAGCUAGGAUGCUUGCUCUGGAUCAGCACCAAGACCAGGCCUGACAUUUUAGCCGCUGUGAGUAUUGCUGCCUCGCAUCUUCAUAAGUGUCCCUCAAGGAUCCUGAAGGUUGCACAAGGUUGUUGGCGAUAUUUGAGGGCGACGCUGAACAUUGGACUUCGAUUCAGAGGGAGCAUCGGCGACAGUCCACUUCAGGUAUGGUCGGACGCAAGCUUUAGCCCAGAUGGUAGUCGGUCGAGAAGUGGCGGAGUCAUUACCAUCAAUGGUUGUGCCCUGCGGCGGUGGUCCACAAAGCAGACUGUGACGGCCUGGUCGGUUUGCGAAGCCGAAACCGAUGCCAUGGCUUUGGCUGUUAGUGAGGCUGCCAAGGUCCUACCUCUUCGGAUGGAUAGGCUUGGGUCGUAG